CUCGCAUACAAUCAGCUAUGACGCCUGCUAGAAGAAGCACAGCAGAGCUGCUUGCCAAUAUGGCAAGGCUCACACUUGCACAGUCACCUGCUACGAGAUCAGCCGCUGUCACGGCAGCAGCUUGUCUCACUGCACCUUCCUGCUCGACUUCCUCCUCCUUUGCUUCCUCUUCUCGCCGCUUCACCACCUCAGCUCCCGCCACGCUCGCAGCUCCUGUCACAGAGCCGACCGCAUCAUCAUCAUCAUCAUCACCCGCUACCAGCCCCGCGCAAUGGACGCCAACCUCACGACGAGUCGGUCUGCUCGCCAGAAAACGCGGCAUGCUCACCUACUUCCUCGCAACGGGCCAAGCCAUCCCCUGUACGGUCCUGCAAGUCGAUGCCAACCAGAUUUCGGCUCAGAUCGGCUUCGAGCCUGCCACCCCGCACCCCACACAUGACCCUGCCACGGGAGCACCAAUCCGCGUACCGCAAGUGGCUCCCUACCUCGCCUUGCAGGUAGCAGCGACCGAUACCCAUAGUAGAAACCACGGCAGCAACCGCUCACGCAAGGGGCAUUUGGCCAAAGCCGGUAUCAAGGCAGGGAAGAAGGUGCUCAAGGAAUUCAAGAUCAGUGCAGACGCCGUCCUGCCGCUCGGCACGCACCUCUCGGCCUCGCACUUCGUUCCUGGACAGCACGUAGACGUCUCUGCCACUUCGCGCGGCCGCGGCUUCGCAGGCGCAAUGAAGAGGCACGGCUUCCACGGUCUACGAGCGAGUCAUGGUGUCUCCAUCUCACAUCGCUCGCAUGGCUCUACUGGACAGCACCAGGAUCCUGGUAGGGUGUUUCCGGGCAAGCGAAUGGCGGGAAGGAUGGGGGGAAAGAGAGCUACGGUUCACAGUUUGCGGGUGCUGCGGGUGGAUCUGGACCGUCAGCUCGUACUGGUGCAGGGAAACGUACCGGGCGCAGACGGCGGGUUGGUAGAGGUGACGGACGCGCGAAGGGAACUCAUCUGGAAGGCCGAGACGAAGCAGCGCAAGGCGGGAAUUCAGGGCAAGGAGGCGUUGCCCGUAGGUAUCGAGGCCUUGCCAUUCCCAGCAGGUACGAGGGAGAUGGAAGGCGGAAUGCCGAGGAUAAUCGAGUGGAACGGUGGCGUCGAAGAGGAGGCAGCAGCAGCCUAGGGUGCAGCGAAUGACCGUGGGGGUGUGUGCUUCGGUAGCGAAGCUCACUCUCUUGUCCCGUCUCAAAGGCAAUUCAUUCUUUUUCUGACUUCCAUCCGAU